GUGAAGGCAACAAGGAGGAGUGAAGUGCGGCCCCCUGGUCCAGAGUGUACCGAGCUGCUGCUAACCUAUCUUAUGUACCGUUUGCGACCGAGGCAACCGUCUGCGAACCAAAGCUAAUAAUCAAGCCCGAAGAAAAUAUGACAGUUCUUGCUUGCAUUGGUUCAACAAACAAACAAAUCUCAACUGGUCGGCUGACUUCCGAUAAUGUGAGCAACCGUAGCGGUACCGUACAGACAGUUGUGAAAUAUCUGUGGACGACCGAAUACCGAACGCUAAUGUUGUAACUUACUACUUGGUACUGGAUAUUGCCGCCCCGCAAGGAAAAAAAACUGUGAAUCUACACCUUAGCUGUCUGCAAUGCUGUACUGUGACCGAAAUUAAGGCUGGGUAUCUUAAAAAGGCACUCGAACCCUAUCGAAUAUUAGCAGCCCAGCUUGAAACGCCCGAAACAAACUUAAACACUAAUCUCGAAACGAAGAAAUCUCAACCCACUUACGAUCGGCAGGAAAACACCCUUUAAUGAAUAAUUUUCAUCACAUAUCGAUACGGCGCAACUGGUAAAGCGUCAAGCAACUGGAAAGCAAACAUUGCUUUGGUAACUUUCUUCAACCCGGAUACAACAGCUUCUUUACUACUCGUGAGUUCGAUUGUUAACCGCGGACACAAUGGAAAAUGAAUCAUUGCCCAUUCUGCUUAUAACCGCUAACGUGGGAAGCGUGUUCGAAGAUCCCUCAAAUCUUCUGCACAUUUGGAUCAAAGAAUUUCUCGAACACAUUGCUGCACGACAACCAGCAUUUAUCGCCCUCCAUCUGCAGGAGGUAGGUGGUAAAACGUACGAAAAAUCCAUGGAAUAUGUGCAAGAAUUCAUCAAACAGCUCUGCGAAUCGGAAGAGCUGCGUGACUACAAUCGUAUUCGGGUAUAUUUGGAUGAAGACUACAAUUCGGCGGAACAUUUUACGGCCCUCGGUAAUUUAUACUUCGUCCAGAGCACGGUCAAUCACGUGCUGAUGUGGAACUUUCUCACGCACGAGUGGGAUUCCGUCGAGGGUAAAAGUAUACAUACGGGAAGUAUUGAAACAGUUGCUACCAAAGAAAAGGCGAAAUUUCCUCAACAAUUCUUUCCCGAGUGCAAAUGGUCCCGUAAAGGAUUUCUACGUACGCGUUGGUUCCUGAAUGGUACCGUGUUUGAUUUAGUUAACAUUCACCUCUUUCACGAUGCGUCAAACCUGGAAGCGUGUGAAGAAUAUCCAUCCGUGUAUUGUAAGAGCAGACGCCGUGCACUCGUACAUACACUGGAGCGAUUUCAUAAAGAUACAGUUAACCGACCAGUGCCAUACUUUGUCUUUGGUGAUUUUAACUUCCGUUGUGAUACGGAAGGUGUUAUCAAGAAACUUACCGAAGAUCUCACAAUGCAUCGGGUUCAGAAUACGAAAAACGACAGUACAAAGGUUCAAUAUCGGGAUGCAACCGGCACCAACGUUCUGACCGUGGGGAAAAAGGAGUUUUUCCACUGCGACCAAAGCACGUUUAAAGAAAUCUGGCUGCGCCAGUUUGAUCGCGAGCUUGAAUCACUUCGAAGCAUACUGUACGAGUUUCCCAUCACCUUCCCACCGUCGUACCCGUACGAGGAGGAUCCGUUCCAGCCGGGUGCGUAUAUGGCGACACGGUGUCCGGCGUGGUGCGAUCGAAUACUGGUAAGCCCUGCGGCCCGGAAACUUAUCUGCGAGGAAAUAGCAGACGACCGACGGGAAGAUUGUAACCAGGGUGAUGAACCGGUCAGCCUCACCAGUGAUCAUCCCACCGUCAGCUACGGUAUUAUCGGUGCAAAUGUCUGUAUGGGAGAUCAUAAGCCGGUUUAUCUCAGCAUUAGAAUCAAGACGAGUCAAGGUAUUGUAGAUAACUGCUCCUGUGAUACGCAUGUGCCUAGAAAACUGCGUGUUGAACACCCUAUUUAUAAUAACAGUGCAAGUAUGGAUAGUAGUAGUAAUAAUAACACUAUCGUAGUAAGUCUUAGUAGUUAUGGUAGUAAUAAUGGCAACAUAGCCGAAGUGCGCACAAUGCCACCGAAGGCGGAACUUAUCCGUCAGCUGGCUUCCACUGCAGCCCAGUGUAGCGAUAGCGAUAGAAGCACUAGCGCCACCACCAUCAUUCCGUUUGCCUCGUCGCUCGAUGUUGAUAGUUUUGCCUACCAUCAGCUGCACUACCCGUCCGCUUGUGCCGACUGUGCCGCACGCAUCGAACGGUGCUACGAGCAAAACCUUCUCGGGCUUGACCCGGUCGUACCGUCCGCUGGGCAAGCGAACCAGCAACAUUUCAUGCGGGACGAGCAGACGGUAGAGCCCAAUCAGGCGGCACCACUCGAAUUACUUUCGCAAGCAUGCUUUCGGUAUCAGCAUCCACUGGUCAGCAUUAACGUGUUCGAUACGGACAGCAACCUUAACGUAUGCAUGUGCGCACUAUAUUGUAACAAUGUGAAUGAUGCGAAAAAUGUGAACGUUGCUGAAACGAAACAGCCGCACGUACCGGGAAAGUUGAAUGGUGGUGGUCCGCAUGUAGAUGAAGUCGGUGCCGGUGCGUCCGCCGCGAUCUGCCCAAACUGCCGUAAUAUGAUAAAACAUCAACCGAUCGAACACCGCAAAACGCUUAUCUCGCGUCGGAUGAUGCUUGCCAACGAUGUGAUCGUAAAUCGUAUCGACACACAUUACCUAAACACGUACUCGAUGUCGCAGGGCAGCAACGGCACCGGACAGCUGCAUCCCUUCGAACCGUACACACCGGAGAGUGCCGAGUCUCAUUCCCCCCUGCCAGAGUCAAGUGACAGCAGCAAAGCGUCGCAAAGUACAAGCCAUACCGAUGCAAACCGCGAUUCGGACGAUUCGAGCCGGGCGUGCGGAAAAACCACUGGCUCGAAAUCGUUUCCCACCGGCGAUGAAUGUCAACCGCUGGUAGCGAAUGAUACCGAACACGCAUCGGACGCCGUUUCGCACGGACUGAAAUCGGAAACCGCGUGCAAAACCACCACCCAGCGUGCAGCAAACGUACAAGCGGCUACAGGCAGCGAUGCGCAACGGGCCGCCAAUGUUCGGCUUCCGACCGGUCACGACGGUAGCAUCGGUGGCGUAUCGCCCCGACAGCUAAAGUCGCGCCUGGAAAAGCUAAAACGGCUCGCGGACGAACGACGCAAACAGUAUGGUGAAUGGACGCGCAGUUUCUCGCUGUCCGACACAACCAAGCAAACCCACACCAAGUGUUCCAUCAUGCCGAUCGCCAGCGAUGGUGGCUGUAGCAAUGAUGCCGGUUACGGCUCUCCCCUGUCUGACACCGAUCGGGCACUGAUCUGCAGUGAAACCGAUCCAUCCGACAGUACCGCAUCGGCGGCUCUCCUUCCAGGGAUGCGUCCAUCAACUGCUAAUAGCAAUCAUUGCAACAGCCACUGUCGCAACGAACAGUCACAAUCGACGGCACAUGCUGCGGCAAACGUAACAAGCUCUAUUGCAAUGCGUAGAGACUCUGUAAUAGUGAACUGUUGUCGCGGGAUGUGUACGAUACUAUAGAGUAAGGGAAGGUAACGAGCGACGAUGCUGAUGAUAGAUCAUUACACAUCUGUUCUUAACAGAUUGUUACCCAAAACAUGUUUUCUCUGACGAUCGUACAAAAAUUACGAGGUCUCAUUACUGUGUCCUGCCGAGGACUCGCCCACAAAGCUCGAAGUGAAAACAGCACGAAGUUGUGCUCACGGUAUAGGAUGAAGUAUUUAUACCGGCUUUUUACGUAGUCUGAUGUAGAUUUCUUGGACUUUUAUUUCGGACAAGCACAAGCACAGGUGGUUGUGUUGCUCCUUACAUUUCCAAGCACUAACCAGUUGAAGUCGAGUGUGUUCCCAAAUCGUCACGGAUGGAAUGCAAUUUUUCGGUAAUCAAAGGAACUAAAUCUCUUCCUCCGGCACUAAACAAUUAUGUACUAAUCAUCUACCUCUUUCUUUGCACUUAAUCGAACUCCAUGUAAACUCGAACUGUAACGCUCAAAGCGAUAGGAAACGGAGCGGAAUCUGUACAUUAGUAUUAAUCGACAGUGUUUGUUACGGUUGCAAAACUUUAGCACGCAGCACCAACAGUACUAUUACAACGUUAUAUACUACUAAGGCUACUAACGCUACUACUGGUGUAAACACUACUACCCUACUGUUCACUCGUCCCGAUACAUGUUUUAUUAGACCCCCUGUAGAAUGCUAUUCCAAGUAGAUACUUCACCACCAUUUCACUUUUGUUUGGAUUUGUUCUAACAUUUCUUCAUUAAUGUAAUUGCUAGUAUUUGCACACAAAAAAAAACCCAAUGUUUAUUUAUAAUGCUAUACCUUCGCAAUAGAGUCAUGCAUGUGAUAUCUCUUAUUGCUGUAGUGACGACUGGUUAUUGCUUUCAUUAGCUUUACUAAAUACUGCUACCUGCCGCACAACUGUAACGUGUGCGGCAUGAAUCGAACAAUGUUUUAAAGGAUCACAAUUUCCACAAUGUCCGACAUGUCGUACUUCGUAAACCUAUCUAAAGCAGAGCGUCCUUUAUGUUAUAUUUACAUUUGUUGUGUUUUAGUUUAUCUCUGGUCACCGAUCGGUUAACUUAACUGUUUGAAAGUCACAAUGUUUAUAUAACAUUUUUUUUCUCCUUUAGGGUUAAGGCUUUUUUUUAAAUAGUGUAAACGUUUUAGUCUGCCCGCUCGAUUUUCGUUUUUUUCCCCGCACAGCGUACGUAAAGCGAACAUUCUAACAAGCAACCAAAUGUUGACUUAAUGGACAAAAGAAAACAAGAAAAGUGUACCAUAGUACUUAGCGGCAAAAGUAUAACCAACUAUAAUACUAAUAGUUAUUAAUAUCUGGUUGUGCACGGCAUCUGUUUCUACUAAACUUACUUUCGUAGAUAGGCUGACUGCAUAAACCCCAAAGGGGGGUGAUGGGGCAUGAAUUAUUUAUUUCACAUAGUGCUGGGUAAAGGGUGGGGCUUGGGGUUUUUAUUGUUUUUUUUUUUUUUGGGUGAGGAUGAGAAGGGAUGCAAAAGGGAUUCUCGUAUCGGUCCAUUCGGUGUCUUUUUAAAUGUUCUUACACUAGCGAGGGUUCCCAAUGUUAAAACCUUUUCAUUAGAAGCCCAAUUUAGAGCACGACGCGAGCGGAUGACCAGUUUAUUGGAAAGUAGUUUGUUGGAAUAACUGCUGCGUCAAAUUAAAUUAGGGGAGGCAACCAGUUUUAUUGAACUGGUUGGUGUCAGAACAGUCAGUAGUUCAAAUACAUAAUACGAUUUAAAAUAAAAACUGUCAGCAAGAUCAGUCAGAGUAGGCACUGGCAGUAGAAACCCUAGAUCACGAUCAGUGAAUAGAUCAAUUCAAUAAGUCAUUACGAGUA